AUGAAGUCAGCACUAGAAAGAGAAGACAAUAACUGGAGUAACUUUUCUCUCGUUUUAAUGGAGCUUGAAAGAAAUCUUUGGUAUUUGUUGCUAACAAAUCUGAGAAUUUUCAAAGAAAUAACAAUACUUAUGGCACUUCCCAUAUCAACCAAAAGUCUUUCAAUUAACAUUAUAAGCCUUGAAGGUAAUGUUGCAAAUAUUACAGUAAAACCAGAUUUUACAAUUGAGAAAACUAAGACAAUUGUAAUAAAGCAUUUUUAUGGCCAUGAUAAGACCAAACUACCAUCUCAAUUCCAUUUAAUACAUUCAACUAAAUUUAAACAGCUUACAGAUGAUAAUAAUAUACACGACGAGCAAAUUAAUGAACAUGACAUAUUAAUGUUAGUAGAAAUCCGUCCAGUGCUUGUUAAAGAAAAUUUGACUGAAGAAGAUUUGAAAGGUCCAAAUGAGGAAGUAAUAUUACAAGAAACUAGUAGUCUACCUAUAAUUAAUCCACCUAGACCCAUUUCAUCCAUAAAAUGUCCUGCAAAUGUACAGAAUGAAAUAGAACAAAUUUUAAUAUCACUUGUAAAAGCAUCAGCAAAAAUUUUAAUGUAUAGUCCAGAAGCACAAAAGUCAUAUGAAAUGUUAAAAGAGAAGUUAAAAACAAGGUGUAAACCAACUAUUGAUCCAAAUGCUGUAAAAACCCUUAUGGAAAUGGGCUACUCUCAUAAGAAAGUUUUAAAAGCUCUACAUUUGAAAAAAUCAAAUGUAACAGAAGCAUUGGAGUGGUUAAUAGACCAUCAAAAUGAUUUAGAAGAUGAUGGCAACAAUGAAGAUGACAGUGAUUUAGACUUACUAACUUUUGAAACUGGCAAUGAUAAAUAUGUUGCUGACCCCAGUUCAUCUAUUGGUACCAGAAAAAAAUCUUUCAAGGAUACGUGUACAGAAUUACUUGAAGAAAAUCAAAGUUUAAAGAAAGAUGGAAACUUAGUCAGCAUCGUAGAUCUUCUACUAGAAAGUUUCCAUCAUUACAAAAAAAUGGACUUUAAACCUAAUCCUAAGGCAAUACAGUUACUUUUAGAAAUGGGAUUCGAUGAAAAGAAUAUUAUUGAUGCACUGAAAGUUACUGGAAAUGAUCAAACUAAUGCAUGUGAAUGGUUGCUUGGUGAACGGAGGCGCAGUUUACAAGAUUUAGGUGAAGGUCUUAAUCCUGAUAAUGCAGUCUAUAAAGCAAUCAUGAAUAGUCCACAUAUUCAGCUUAGUCUUACAAAUCCUAAAAUGCUCUUAGUAUAUUUAUCUAUGCUAGAAUCUCCAACAUCAAUAAAUGUGUGGAUGAGUGAUCCUGAAAUUUCGCUUGCUCUGAAUCAAAUAUUUAGAAUAUAUCAUGUUGAAAAACAUGCUAUUUACAUCAAUCAAUAUGCAGGUAACUAA